GAGUGGCACUUGCGCUUCUUGCUGCAGUUCCUGGGGCGAGCUUGGCCUUCAGCGCGCCGGCAGGCCAUCAGGCUUCGCUGGGCGACCAGCUGAAUCGCUACGCCGAGUUGGGGGACGUGGCCAACGCGGAGCGGGUCUUUGCCCAGCUGCACAAUAAGGAGGGCUCCUAUUUGCGGUACCAAGUCAACACCGUGAUCAAGGCCUGCGCCAACGCUGGGCGUUUGGAGCGGGCAGAGUAUUGGCAUGCGCGGCUGAAGGACAUGAACCUGGAGCAAAACGACAAGGGCUUCGGCAAGCUCGUGGAGGCGGCCAGCAAGGCUGGCAACCUGCCCAAGGCGGAGGAGUACUUUCGGCAGCUGGAGCUGCUGGAUGGCCGGAUGCCCACCACGCUGCUAGGCCUACAACUGCGUGCUGGCCGCGGCCGCGAAGAGCGGCGAUUUGAACGCAGCGACGCGAUGGAGAAGCAGGAUGGAGGAUCAGAAUGUCCAGCCAGACAGUACCAGGCCUUGAUCAGCGCCUGCGCCAGCUGCGCCCAAAGCUCCCAAGCCUUGGACCUGCUCCAGGAGAUGCGCUCGGGUCUCGGAGAGGCAGAUGCGGUAGCGCAGAAUGCCGCUCUCAACGCGCUGGCCAAAGCUGGGCAAGCUGUCCAGGCAGAAGCCAUGCUUCGUGACAUGGCUGCUCGCAAGUUCCAGCUGGACACCGUGGCCUACACCGCGGUGCUGGACGGCUUCGCGGGCCUGGGCCAGGCCGCCAGGGCCUCCCAAGUCGCCGCGGAGAUGCGGGCGGAGCGCGUGAGCCUCAACAGCUUGACCUACAACGCCUUGAUGAACGCCUUCGCGAAGCGAGCAGACUUGGCGGGAGCGAAGGCGGUGCUUUCGGAGAUGCAGGCGGACAAGGUGAGCCCCAGCGAAGUCACCUUUGCCACCUUGCUCCACGCGCACGCCAAAGCCAGCAAGGCAGAAGAAGCUCAAGAAAUCCUGGGUGACAUGAAGGCCCGGCAGCUGACUCCCAACCACUUCAGCUAUACGUCCUUGAUCGACGCCUGGGCUCAGAAAGGCGACGUCCAGAGGUGCCGGGCGGCUUUGCAGGACAUGGCGAGCUCGGGCCUCACGCCGGCGACUCCAAGCUUCAACGUCCUGCUGAAGGCCUGCGCCAACCGAGGUGAUGCGUCGCAGUGCUUGGCGGUAGUUGAGGAGAUGCGCGAUUUGCAGAUCACGCCGGACAUCAUAAGCUACAACUCCGCCUUGAACGCGUGCGCAAAAGCAGGGGAUGCCGCUCAAGCUGAAACCAUCCUGGGAAGACUGCUGGAUUCGCAUCUAGCGGCCGACGUGGUGAGCUUCAACUCGCUCAUCAACGCCUACGCCAAAGCCGGGGAUGCUGCGGCUGCGUGUCUCAAGCUGGAGGAGAUGCAGCAGUCCGGAGUGCAGCCCUCCCACAUCAGCUACAAUUCCGCUCUCAGUGCCUGUGCCAAGGGAGGCGAAGUGGCGCAAGCGGAGGCGCUCGUGGCCCAGAUGAAGCGUGCCGAGUUGAUACCGGAUGUUUUCUCCUAUACCUCGCUCAUGACCGCCUACGGCCGUAGCGCGCAGCUCGCCAAAGGGCGAGCUCUGCUGGAGGAGAUGUGGUCGCAGAUCGUGGCACCCAACAAGCUCACCUAUGGCGCCCUCAUCUACGCCUGCAAGCUACAGAAAGACCCCCUGGCGGAAGAGCUGAAGGCGGACAUGGACCAGCGACAGCUGGGCGCCAGCCAGAGAGCGCCAGCGGCAACGAGGAGGGGACAGGCCUUGGAUGUAGCCAAGGAACAUGAGAAGAGGCUGCUGCAGAAGCCCCGCGCGGCAAGCUCGGGCCCGAGGACCGAGCGCGGCCCACACGAAGCUCCGCCCUGA